GUCGACUCGGUCGUAACGCGAUGCGCCAGUACCGAGAAACAUUGAGCGAUUUGGGAGCUGCGUAUUCGCGGUAGUUUGUUUUGGUUGAACGAACGUGCUGUUGUUAAUAAUUUGACAGAUGUGUUCGACUGACUAUAAGCUUUACUUGAUAAUACGGUGAUGUGUCUUCUUUUGUUUGGGGUGCGUACAUUUUAUCUUUGCUUUUGUAAACGCUGAACUCCGCGAGGCGUUGUGACGCUGCUCGUGAGGCGAGCGAACACAAAUUGCAAAGUCAAAACCAUCCCGUGCGGUCCUGUAUGUAAUGAUAGGCGACGUUUCGGGCGACAGGCCCUUUCUUCCCCUUUCGGCGCUACGAGCGUCGUUCGUGAUCUCUCGUCCAGGGUGUUUGACGGGAACAAAACAUUCCCAUCGGAUGGAUGUCUCGGUGGUAAUCCAACAUCGCGACGCGAGACUUGCACGCACACGGUUGAUAUGUGCUGCGGAUGGACUGGCUUCCGCCAUGGGAAUGUGGAAUUUCCGCCGUAUCGACAGACGCUCGCCACCACACGUUUUGAGUGGGGGUAACCCGUUUCCGUCAAGCCCACUGGCUGGACGAGGGCAUCGCGCACCGUCUGUGUGCGGAUCGUGGCUGCUGGUAUGAACGCGAUUGCACAGAGAUUGGGCUGGGGUCUGCAUGCGGCUGGAGCUCGACUACGCCACCCCCUGGCCCCCCUCCCUGACCGCCGUCACCUCUGGGCCUGGCUGAACGCGGUGUUCAACAAGGUGGAUCAUGAGCGAAUCCUGGAGGCGGGUCCCGACCGCGCCGCCUCCGAGUGGCUCCUGCGGUGUGGCGCUCACGUGCGCUACCGCGACUCGGAUCGCUGGCAGCAGGACUACAACGGGCUUCCAACGGGAACGCGUGACCGGUACCGCAUCGAAGCCAUCAACGCCACCGACUCCUGCAUCAUGGAGACUGGCUUCGACUACCUGGACGGCCUGCAGCACGUGCAGCAAAUCCACCUGGAGCGCUGCGUCUACAUCGGCGACUCGACGCUGGAACGCCUGAGCCGCACCGACAGCCUGGUGGCCUCCCUGCACGACCUGCGGGUCGUGUCGUGCGGGAACGUCUCAGACCUCGGGGUCAUCUCCCUGCAGGGGCUCCGGAACCUGCAGACCCUGCUGCUGAGAGACCUCCCUGCUGUGAAAAACAAAGACAGCACCCUGGAGACACUGCAAAAGUCCCUGCCAGCCUGCGUCAUCACCGUCGACCUGCCCUGACUCUCCUUUUAAGCGUUGUUUGGAUUAGCCAUCGUUAGGGGUCGCCCAACAGCCGCUUCUCAAGCAAGACAGAGGAGCGUGCCAGAACCGUGGCAAGGUACGGUGGGUGAUGGGGAGGUUAGGGGCUCGUGACUUGGCAGCAGUAGUUGAUCGAAAACCGUGUUCCUUUUGCGUGUCGAGACGUUGAGAAUUACAAAUGAGGUGUGCAGCAAAACGAUUGAGAAAUGUGGAGCUUAUAUGGUAAAAGAGCAGCAGCAUGGAUUAGCUGGUACAGGGAUUGCUUAGCUGGACAUGUGGUCGACUAAUAAUUAUCUGCACUUUAUACCCGACUGAUUAAACGGCUCGGACCCUGGCUCUUCUACGAUCGUCACUUUACACGCUCCAGUUCGCAUUAUUCAUAAAUCCGUCAGCGACGUAAACUUGCAAUGCUCUCAUGAGUUUUGGUUGAUCACCCGGUGCGAUCUGUUUGCGUGGAAAAUGUAUGGGCGCAGCUGGAGAUAAAAUGAGCUAAGGUUGUGAAACGCGCA